CAUAAUUAAUUUUAUUUAUUUAAAUUGAAUAGGAAUAAAUUAAAAAUGUUAAGAUCAUUUUCAAAAGUUUUAAAAUCAAACAACAGUGCUAAUGGCAUUAGAUCAUUCUGUUCAGAAUCAAAAGUUUCAGGUCAUGUUAUUGGUAUUGAUUUAGGCACUACCAAUUCAUGUGUUGCCGUUAUGGAUGGUGCUGAUGCUCGUGUUUUAGAAAAUGCUGAAGGUGGUCGUACCACUCCAUCAGUUGUUGCCUUCACUGAAGAUGGUCAAAAAAUUGUUGGUUUACCAGCUAAAAGACAAAUGGUUACUAAUGCCGAAAACACAUUAUUUGCCACCAAACGUUUAAUUGGUCGUCGUUUCGAUGAUCCAAUGACCAAAAAAGAUAUGACUAUGGUCCCAUAUAAAAUUGUUAGAGGUCCAAAUGGUGAUGCUUGGGUUGAAGUUAAAGGUAAAAUGAUUUCACCAUCAGAAGCUGGUGCUAUGGUUCUCCAAAAGAUGAAAGAAACCGCCGAAACCAAUUUAGGUGGUCCAGUUACCAACGCUGUUAUUACCGUUCCAGCUUAUUUCGAUGAUGCUCAACGUCAAGCUACCCGUGAUGCUGGUACAAUUUCAGGUUUAAAUGUUCGUCGUAUUAUCAAUGAACCAACUGCUGCUGCUUUAGCUUAUGGUUUCAAGAAAGAAGAUCCAAAGACUGUUGCUGUUUACGAUUUAGGUGGUGGUACAUUUGAUAUUUCAAUUUUAGAAAUUGUCGGUGGUGUUUUCGAAGUACGUGCUACUAAUGGUGAUACUUUCCUUGGUGGUGAAGAUUUUGAUAACGAAUUACUCAAAUAUUUCAUUGAAGAAUUCCAAAAAGAAAAAGGUAUUGAUUUAUCAAAGGACAGCAUGGCCACUCAACGUUUAAGAGAAGCUGCUGAAAAAGCCAAGUGCGAACUUUCAUCAACCAUCCAAACUGAAAUCAAUCUUCCAUACAUCAGUGCCGGUCCAUCAGGUCCAGUCCAUUUCAACAUGAAAUUAACUCGUAGCAAAUUCGAAUCACUCGUCUCUAAAUUAAUUGAUAGAACCGUCGAUCCAUGCAGAACCUGUCUUAAAGAUGCUUCAAUGAACAUCAACGAAAUCAACGAAGUCAUUUUAGUCGGUGGUAUGACUCGUAUGCCAAAAGUUCAAGAAUUAGCUAAAACCGUUUUCGGUAAAGAACCAUUCAAAGGUGUUAACCCAGAUGAAGCUGUCGCUGUUGGUGCUGCUAUUCAAGGUGGUGUCCUCAAAGGUGACACUAAAGGUAUUGUUUUAGUCGAUGUUACUCCACUCUCACUUGGUAUUGAAACUCUCGGUGGUGUCUUCACUAGAUUAAUUAAAAAGAACACUAAUAUCCCAGCCUCAAAGACUGACGUUUUCUCAACUGCUUCAGAUGGUCAACAAGAAGUCGAAAUUAAAGUAUUCCAAGGUGAAAGAGAAAUGGCCGUUGAUAACAAACUCCUCGGUAAAUUCACUUUAUUCGGUCUCCCACCAUUACCAAAAGGUGUUCCACAAAUUGAAGUCACUUUCGAUAUUGAUGUUAAUGGUAUGUUACAAGUCAUCGCUAAAGACAAAGCAACUGGUAAAGCCCAACAAAUUAGAAUCCAAACCUCUGGUGGUUUAAGCAAAGACGAUAUUGCUCGUAUCCUUAAAGAAUCAGAAAUGAACGCUGAAGUCGAUCGUAAACGUAAGGAAUUAGUCGAAGCCCGUAACAAUGGUGAAAGUGUUGUCUAUCAAGUCGAAAAAGAUUUAGUUGAAUUCAAAGAUUACUUAAAUGCUCAACAAAACGAUGAAAUUAAAGCUCAAGUUCAAGUUGUUCGUGAUGCCUUAACCAAAGAAGAUGGUUCAGCUAUUGAAUCUGAAAUUAAAAAAUUACACGAUAUGACUCGUUCAUCAUUCGAAGCUGCCUACAAAGCUAAAAUCUCACAAUCAAACAGCACCAACAAUAACAACAACAACCAAUCAAACAACACCCAAGAAGCUGAUUUCACCGAAAAGAAAAACUAAACUAAAUUAAAUAAUAAUAAUAAUAAUAAUAAUACAUAAAUUCUUUUUUUUUUUUGUCAUAUAAAAAAGUUAGUUUACAGAAAAAAUGAUUAUCAUCAUUUAAAUUUCAAUUUUAUUUUUAAAUUUUAAAAAAAAAAAAAAAUAAAAAUUUU